AUGAGAGGCCACGUGGUUGCGAAAAAUCAUCCAGUUGUUGUACUCGAUAACAUAACUACUAACCUACCUGCUUGCCACAUAUCAAGAGAGGUUAAGGAUCGUACAUUCAACCUUGUUCUAGCUGAUCCUACUUUUGAUACGCCCGCUCCUGUCGACUUACUAAUUGGUGCUGAUCUCUUUGCCAGUACGCUAAAGGGUGAUGCAAUCCCUCUUGGUGAUGAUAUGCCAACUGCACUGAAUACAGUCUUUGGCUACGUAUUGAUCGGCAAUACACCUGUCGAACCAGUAGAAGGCGUUUCAUCAAUUAAUCUACUGACAAUUACAAAUACUGAUCUUCACCAGUCAAUUCAGAAGUUUUGGCUUCAAGAAAAUGUGCCUGAUGCACCAUCACUUUCUCCAGAUGAACUGAAUUGUGAAACCCAGUUUAGAGAAGGUUAUAGCAGGUGUAAAGAUGGAAAAUUUCAAGUACGUCUACCAUUCAAGCAAUCUCCCUCAGUUCUUGGGAAUUCUUCUUCUUCUGCCCUUUGCAUUUUCAAAUCAUUGGAAAAUCGACUAAACCGCAACCCAGAAUUAAGGAAGAAAUAUGUAGAUUUUAUGAAAGAUUAUGAAGAAUCAGGUCACAUGGUACGUUGUUCAUCACCUACUGCAUUGGAACAACCACAUUUCUUUCUCCCUCAUCAUGAAGUUCUCCGAGGAGAAAAAAUUCGUGUAGUUUUUAAUGCUUCUGCUGCUACCUCCUCUGGUCUGUCACUAAAUCAUAUUCUUCACUCUGGACCAAAACUACACAACGACAUUCCAGCCAUCAUCAUGGGCUUCCGCCAACACCGCAUUGUUUUUACAUGUGACAUUCGUCAAAUGUUUAGAAAUAUUUGGAUCCAUCCAGAGGAUCGUAAUUUCCAAUUGAUUUACUGGCGAUAUGAUGUAUCACAGCCUAUACAAGUAUACAAGCUUACUACUGUCACAUAUGGCAUGGCUUCUUCGCCUUUUUUGGCAAAUCGGGUCGUGCAACAGCUUAUCGCUGAUGAAAGUUCAAACCACCCUCUAGCAGCCAAUGCUCUUCGUGGCCAAAUCUAUGUCGAUGAUGCUUUACUUGGAGCAAAUACCGAAGAAGAAGCUCUAGCGUUGCAGGAUGAUGUAAUUAGGUUAAUGUCUAAAGGUGGCUUUCAACUCAGAAAAUGGAUUUCUAACUGUCAGAACAUACUAAAUGCAAUACCAUCAGAUCACCAUGGCGUACCUCUACAGUUCUUUUCAGAGAAAGAAUCAUCAUGCAAUGUUUUAGGUGUAAAAUGGCUUCCAGAAAUUGAUUCAUUUUCGUACACUGUUACAAUUCCAAAUCUACCGCUAACCAAAAGAGCAGUUCUUUCUGCUAUCGCUCAACUAUUUGAUCCAAUGGGUUGGAUCACUCCACCUUUGUUUUGGGCUAAAGCUUUCAUGCAAGUCUUAUGGACUAAAGGAUUGAAAUGGGAUGAUCCAUUACCAAGUGAAUUAUCUUCACAGUGGAUUUCAUUUCUGAAGGAGCUACCCUCGAUUGCAGAGAUACAAAUACCUAGGCAUGUAGAUACUUACCAAGCAAAAAAUAUCCAAAUUCAUGGUUUUUGUGAUGCUAGCGAAUCAGGAUAUUGCGCCUCAGUGAUUCUUAGAGUUGAAAAGGAGGACCACGGAGUUGCAACCAAUUUGUUGAUAGCAAAGUCUCGUGUUGCACCGCUAAAGCGCUUAUCUCUACCACGCUUGGAACUUUGUGGAGCUCAUCUUCUCUCCAAACUAAUCCAAUAUUGUGUCUCUUGUCUUAGUACAUACUUAACGAUCAAUGAAGUGUUCGCUUGGAGUGACUCAACUAUCACUUUAUCAUGGAUACAUACUCCUGCCUAUCGCCUCAAAACCUUUGUCUCCAAUCGUGUGGCAGAAAUUCAAGAAACUUCUACCCCAAUUGUGUGGUCUCACAUCACCUCAGAACAGAACCCAGCUGAUUGUGGAUCUAGAGGACUACUCCCUUCGCUAUUGGCCAACCACCCACUUUGGUGGACAGGACCUGACUGGCUCAAGCUCUCUCAAUCGCUCUGGCCCACUACAUCAUUCAAGUUGUCAUGUUCACAUUCACUUCCAGAUACAAAACCUGUGCAACCAACUGCACUGCAAACUACAACAUUACCUCAGUUGGAACUUCUUACAAGAUUUUCUUCAUGGACGAAGCUGAUACAUGUAACUGCAUAUGUUCUACGCUUCACCAACCGCUGCCGAACUAAGAUCUCCUUGAAAUAUUUCAAGCCAGAAUCGUCUACUCUACAAGAUGUUCCAUUAACUACUUCUUCAAGACUUUCACUGCAAGAAAUCAACAAAGCUACAGUUUACAUUCUACAUCUAGUACAACAAGAAUCCUUCUCAAACGAAAUUUCUGCUCUUCAAAAAGGCCAGACUCCUUCAUUACCUCUUCAGCGUCUUUUGCCAUUCCUGGACAAAGAUGGUCUUCUCAGAGUUGGUGGACGACUGUCUAAUGCCUAUUUAAACUUCAACUCCAAGCAUCCUAUACUGUUGCCUAAACAACACUUCGUCACAAAUCUGAUCAUAGACUACUACCACAUUCUCUUCCUGCAUUGUGGACCGCAAUCACUACAAUCCCUCAUCUCUCAAAGGUAUUGGAUUUUAUCCGCAAGAAGCAAGAUAAGGAACAGAAUUUUCCGCUGCCUACGGUGCUACCGCUUCAAACCGAAGGUCACUGCGCCCCUAAUGGCUGACCUACCCGCAUCCAGAGUUCUACCUUCAAGAGCCUUUGAAUCUUCAGCUGUCGACUUCGCAGGUCCCUUCAACGUCAAGCUUUACCCUGUUCGCAGAUUACAACACAUCAAAGUCUACCUCUGCCUUUUCAUUUGCAUGACAACAAAGGCCAUCCACCUAGAAGUUGUGACAGAUUUGACAGCCGAUGCUUUUUUGGCCUCAUUGACUCGGUUCAUUUCCCGUCGAGGACUAGUCAGGAAUUUACACUCAGACAAUGCCACAAAUUUUGUCGGUGCUGCUCGACAACUCCGGAAAACGAUAGAGAUUAUUCUGCAAUCCCAUCCUGUCAACACUUGGCUUCUUGAGAAGGAAAUCACCUUUCACUUCAUUCCCCCUAGGUCUCCCCAUUUUGGAGGACUUUGGGAGCGUGCCGUACAAAGCGCUAAAUAUCACCUACGUAGAGUCAUAGGUGAGCAAGUUCUCACACUUGAAGAAUUCACUACUUUAACAUGUAGAGUUGAAGCAAUGCUAAAUUCACGCCCAAUUACCCCACUGUCGUCGGAUCCAUGUGAAUUAGAAGCUCUAACACCAGGUCAUUUCUUGACUUUUGGACCUCCUGCUCUUUUACCUGAAACGGAUCAGACAAGUACUCCUAUGAACCGUCUCAAGAGAUGGCAGUUGGUUCAAUCCGUUGCACAAAAUAUCUGGAAACGAUGGCAACGCGAUUACUUGUAUACCUUGCAGAAUCGCCCAAAAUGGACCACUCCCCAGAAGUACAUCAGCCCUGGCGAUCUUGUCAUUCUUCAAGAAGAUAAUCUCCCUCCACUCCAAUGGAAAAUGGGCAGAGUUAUUUCCUUAUUCCCUGGAAAGGACAAUGUUCCCAGAGUUGCCGAA